AUGGGCGGGCGCGCGGGGGGCGGUGCGGCUACAUGUUGCGGUGUCGCCAACGUGGGUCCGCGGCGAGUGGCGCUCGGGCCGGGCGGGGAGCGGUGGGGCCGGGCUGGGCCGGCGGAGCAGCGGCGGGAGCGGCGCGGCGGUUCUCAGCACCGCGGGAGCGCACCGGGGACGGGGAGCACCAGCAGCCGCCGGGCCGGAGCCGUGCGGCGUGAAGGAGGAGAAGGCGGUUCCCGCGGCGGGGACACAGACCCGACCCGUCCGCCGGUGCCCGCCCGCCGGCGGGUGGAUGCCGGUGCCGUGACUGCCCCGCGGGGCUGCGCCGCCAGCGGCCGAGGCGAUGCUGCGGGCAGCGGAGCGGCGCUGAGCGCUUACGGGGCCCCGCGGCGUUACCGCUGCGCUCCGCGCCGGGGCCGUCCCUGCCGCCUCCUCCUCCCGCCUCGGACCUUCUCCGGUGCCGGAUACAAAAUGGCGGUGCCGCCACGGGCGGGCGGCGGGGCGACGGCGCUGCUGCUGCUGGGGCUGCUGGGCUCGGCCGCCGCCGACUGCCCCGCCGGCUGCGCCUGCGGCGGGGAGCUGCUGAGCUGCGGCGGGCUGGCGCUGCCCGCCGUGCCCCGGGACCUGCCCCGCUGGCCGCGGCAUGUAAACCUGAGCUACAACAAGUUGACGGAGAUUGAUCCUUCCGCCUUUGAAGGGCUGUCAAACCUUCAGGAAAUGCGACUGAACAACAAUGAGCUGACCACCAUUCCCUCCCUGGGACCCGCUGCUGCCAGUGUCCGCUCCCUCCACCUGCAUCACAACAGGAUCCGCAGCAUUGAAUCAAGUCAACUGAAGCCCUACGUUACCCUGGAAACGUUGGACCUGAGUUUCAAUGACAUCACGGAAAUCCGAAACGGCUGCUUUCCACAGGGACUUCACAUAAAGGAGCUCUACCUGGGGAGCAACAGAAUCAGCACCCUGGAGCCUGGUGCUUUUGAUAGUCUGUCACGGUCCCUGCUAAUGCUUCGUCUGAGUAAAAACAGGAUCACUCAGCUUCCUGUCAAGGCGUUCAGGCUACCCAGGCUAAUACAACUGGAGCUGAACCGGAAUCGCAUCCGCCUGAUUGAAGGCCUGACAUUCCAGGGACUGGACAGCUUGGAAGUCCUGAAACUCCAGCGCAACAACAUAAGCAAAUUGACCGAUGGGGCUUUCUGGGGUCUGGCCAAGAUGCAAGUUCUCCACCUGGAGUAUAACAGCCUGAGAGAAGUAAACAGUGGCUCUCUCUAUGGCCUUUCAUCUCUACACCAGCUUCACCUCAGUAACAACUCCAUAUCCCGGAUCAACCCCGAUGGCUGGAGCUUCUGUCAGAAGCUGCAUGAACUAAUACUCUCUUACAACAACCUAACCAGGCUGGAUGAGGGAAGCUUGGCAGACCUUGGGGGACUGCAUGUACUACGACUGAGCCACAAUUCCAUCAAUCAUAUUGCAGAAGGUGCCUUCAAGGGACUCAAAAACCUACGUGUCCUGGAACUGGACCACAACGACAUCUCAGGCACAAUAGAAGAUACCAAUGGAGCCUUUACAGGGCUAGAAAACCUGAGCAAGCUAACUCUGUUUGGAAACAAGAUCAAGUCGGUGGCCAAGAAAGCAUUCUCAGGGUUGGAGGCCCUGGAGCACCUGAACCUUGGGGAUAACGCCAUCCGCUCCAUUCAAGCAGAUGCUUUUGCCAAGAUGAAGAGCCUGCGGCAGCUCCACAUAAACAGCGACAGCUUCCUCUGCGACUGCCAGCUGAAAUGGUUGCCCCAGUGGUUAGUUGAGAAAGAGCUGCAAUCCUCUGUGGUGGCCACCUGCGCCCAUCCUGAGUCACUGAAAAGCAAGAGCAUUUUUGCCAUCCUGCCAGAAAGUUUUGUGUGUGAUGAUUUCCCCAAGCCGCAGAUCAUCAUCCAGCCCGAGACGACGGUGGCUGUCCUUGGGAAGGACAUCCGUUUCACGUGCUCGGCCGCCAGCAGUAGCAGCUCCCCCAUGAUGUUUGCGUGGAAGAAAGACAAUGAGAUGCUGCACAAUGCUGAGAUCGAGAACUUUGCCCACGUGCGGGCAAAGGAUGGUGAGGUGAUGGAAUACACCACCAUUCUGCACCUCCGGCAUGUCACCUUCACCCAUGAAGGGCGUUACCAGUGUAUCAUCACCAACCACUUUGGCUCUACCUACUCCAACAAGGCCCGACUCACUGUUAAUGUGCUGCCCUCAUUUAUCAAAACUCCCCACGACAUCACGAGCCGGACAGGGACGACAGCACGGCUGGAAUGUGCUGCUGAGGGACACCCCACCCCACAGAUCGCCUGGCAGAAAGAUGGGGGCACGGACUUCCCCGCAGCCCGAGAACGCCGCAUGCACGUCAUGCCUGACGACGACGUCUUCUUCAUUACGGAUGUGAAGAUAGAAGACAUGGGUGUCUACAGCUGCACGGCACAGAACUCUGCAGGGUCUGUGCUUGCAAACGCCACCCUGACUGUACUGGAGACACCGUCUUUGAUUCAUCCACUGGAAGACCACGUAGUGUCUGUAGGUGAGACUGUGGCACUUCAGUGCAAAGCCACGGGGAGCCCUCCUCCCCGCAUCACCUGGCUGAAAGGUGACCAGCCCCUCAUCGUGACAGAAAGGCAUCACUUCACCUCUGGCAACCAGCUGCUGAUUGUUAGGAACGUUGUCUUGGAGGAUGCGGGGAAAUACACCUGUGAAAUGUCCAACACCCUGGGGACAGAGCGUGCGCACAGCCACGUGAGCAUUUUACAGUCCCUGGGCUGUCGGAAGGACCGUACGACUGUGGGGAUCAUCACCAUCGCCGUGGUGUGUAGCAUUGUGCUGACGUCUCUGGUCUGGGUCUGCAUCAUCUACCAAACCAGGAAGAAGAGCGAGGAGUACAGCGUCACCAACACAGAUGAGACUAUUGUGCCCCCCGAUGUGCCGAGCUACUUGUCUUCACAAGGGACCCUGUCUGACCGGCAGGACGUGGUCGUCAGAGUAGAGAACCAGCAGCCCAAUGGGCACAUAGACAGCAACGAUGGUUCGUUUGUUACAGGUAUUUGUCAGACUGAUGCUGGAAGGUGUCCAGAUGUUGAAGCUGCCACCGCAGGUUGCAGACAGCCAAAGCUGUGCAUCGGCUAUAGUAAAGACACUUGGAAAACUGAAGAUGUGGCGGAUGGAAUGCUUGUUCCAGAUAAGACAGGCUACGGGCUGCCGGUUGUGUGCACGGACUGCAGCGGCAGCACGGACAGCAUGAACGUCCACAUCUACCCCAAGGAGUCGGAGUUCUACUCUGAGAGCCUGAAGAAUAUGGAUAAUCCCUACCCCAGCACACUGAGCAGCAAAGAACGAAAUAGGAAGAGGGGUGCAGGCACCGGCGUUCUUCCCCGUCAGCCGUGCAACGGGAUUGCCAGCGGCCCGAGGACGGAAACGGACGGGACCCUCUACCCCAGCAACCAUGAUAGAAUAAGACCUGUGAGCACGACCAGCCCGCUGCUGGCAGACAAACACGGCUCUACGCAAGCAGCAGCGAAGCCUUCGGAGCUUAACAACCUUAAUUUGGUGAGAGCUUCACCGGCAGGAGGGUCAUUAAAGCAACUGAACGUGCUUCCUGAAAUUUCCCCAACACUACUGGAUCUGCAGAGCGAAGCAGAAGUGAAACAGGCUCUGCUGUCCAACGGCUGCGCACCCGCGCCCAGCGACUCCCUUCACGAGUUGAAGCCACCGAACACAUCGCUGGACUGAGAGGACAGGCUGCCACGUGCAAACUAACAAACACACUAUUAUUUUUGUUAUUUUUUUUUGCACAGAGUAUAUAGGCUACUUACUUCUACCUCAACUCUUGAACUGAUGACCUGUCAAAGGCAAACAACUGAGGUAUGAGAAACAAGCUUGUAUGGGGAACAAACUCCUGUUCGAGCGUCAUCUGUUUGUACAUAGUUUAAAACUUCCCUGAGAAGUAUGAAGCGUUCAAAAGUUGACUUGCAUAUGAAGCACAUAAAUGCAAGGGAUUAUUGUGUAAAGAGAAAAGUAUUUGAUAAACUUGUACAUAAGAGUUUUCAUAUAUAAAUAUAUAUAUAUAUAUAUAUAUAAAAAUAUAUAUAUAUCUUUUACAGAGGCUAUUUUAAUCUUUAGUGCAUGGAAAACUGAGUGAAAUUUUACAAUUUUGGCAAUAUUGUUUUCAGUAUCAGGUUGCUGUUAAACUUUGUGAGAGAAAUAAUUCUGGUGCCUUAAAUGCAUAAGCAGAACUUCAAAAAGCCAGAUUGCUCCAAAGGGAUUGUCCUCUUUUCGAUGGAAGUUCCUUUAAAUCAACUAUCAAUUGGGUUACUUAGCACAAAUUUCCUUCCCCUUUGUGAUUUAUUGCACUUAACACACAUUUAAACCGAGAUCUUCAACUGUUUCAAGUGAAGUUUAUAGGAAAAAACAAAAUAUGCAGUGAGAAAUUACAUAGCAACCUGAUUUUUUUUCCUGUUGGUGGAAGAACUUAAAUUCCAUUGCUUUUCAAAACGGUGCGAUACUCUGGAGGGGACCACACAAGAGGCACUAAAUAAUUCGGCAACAGUGCGGAGCCCCAAACCAACCGGCCGCAAUGGCUGUUGGGAGCAGUGAGCAGUCAUUAGCAAAAUAAAUAAUUUAUGCAAUAAAGUGUGGGGUGGUCUCGUGUAUUCAGAAAACAGCAGAAGGCGUUAUCUGCCCAUAGGUGCUGCUACAGCACUGAUCCCCUACAGACUGAAUUACAGGCAUUUCCCUCCCAAGUGGAUGCAGUUUUAGCUGUAUAAGGCGAAUACAACGAGAUACAACCCAGCCCCGUUCAGAAGGAAUAACCCAUGACCAGUAUAAUGCAUUUUAACACCUCCAAAAAAAAAAUACAUCUGUUCUGGAGGGGGCUUGAAACCAUAGAGCUGUUUUGCCAACAAAGCUAAAAUCACACUCCUAAGCUGACAGCUGUACUGCUAAUUCUUGUCAUACUUUCAAGUUUUGUUCCUGCAACAGGGUAUUUUGCUUUCCUGUUGAACACCAUUACCCCGGCUGCAGCCACACUCUUUAUGUGAAAAUAUACACUUAACUGCCUAAUGCUGCUUCGUGCAGCAGGUCUAGGCUAUUCAUUUAGAAGGGAAACUGUAUAUUUAUGGUUGAAAGUACUCUGUUAAAUGGACGUCCCAAGUAUUUUUAUUUGGUCUUUUAAGUUCAUCCAUGAAUGGGGGGAAAAAAAAAGAAAUACCCACCUUGGUCAAACAGAUCUUUGUCACUUCCAAUGUCACUAUGAUGCUUUUUAUUUAUAGACAGGCUGCUUUCUGUCGGUGUUGGUACCUGUGGAUGGAGGACUCCCUUCCAGUUACUUGUAAUUUGAGUUCUGCUAACAUGAGGUUGCUAACUCUGGUGAUGACUACUUCAGGGGAAGGUGAUUUUUGGGGCUUUUUUUUGGGGGGGGGAGGAGGGGAGUUACUAUUUUUUCUUUAGGAGCAACUCAAAUGCCAGUUCCACUGAAACCAGGUCUGCUGGAAAUCCACCUUUGCUAGUGCUGUGGCUCAAGCAUCCAAAAUAAAGGCAGAAACAUCUAAUUUUGUGUUCAGAUCCAUCACUUAGCGCUGCUGAAUCCGCGCGGCCUUACCUUGAGGAGCCCCCACCGCCCGGGCUCUGUCUGGCAGCGAGUUCCUAUGGCCCGGGCAGCCGAACCUGACCUUGAUGGAGACAUAAUUCCGCCAGGUACCUGUCUGCAUCAGCUCCCGACUAUUGACACGUUUGCACUUUGAGACAGGUGGCGAGUUAUGUUGAGUGCCAAGUUAUUGAAAGCAAAGGAAACAGAUGUUAGAAAAGAAUAAACCGAGCAUAAUUUUCCCCUUUACUCAAGGGAAGAGUGCUGCAGACCUCACUCGCAAGGUGGAAGCGGUAGAAGCGGGGGAAUAUGGGAAUUAUUUAAUUAACUCAUUUUGCUGGCAGAAAUGUCAUCACCAUUGCAGAUACAAAGCAUAUUUGCCACAUUAACAUUUGAAAAUAAUGUUUCUGAAUAAAGUUAACUGCCUAAUGUUAUGACUUCCACUAAAUAUGUGAAUUUGCUGCUUCUAAGAGGCAAUGUGAAAGAGGAAGUAUUACUUUUGUGUACAAAGUUAUUUAUUUAUUAGAAAAUUUGGUACAAUGUUGUACAUUGAAAAACAUGUAAGAUAUUGAAGUGUCUAACAAACGGCAUUGAAGUGUCUUUAAUAAAGGUUCAUUUAUAAUAUUA